AUGCCGAAACCUAAAAAGGGGAAGAAGAAAAUAGCGGCAGUUCCUUCCGUUGUGAGGAAGGUAGAGCCAAAGAAAGUGGUCAACCCUCUGUUUGAGAAAAGACCGAAAAACUUUGGGAUUGGCCAAGAUAUCCAGCCCAAAAGGGAUCUCACUCGUUUUGUUAAAUGGCCCCGAUAUGUUAAGAUUCAAAGGCAGAAGGCUGUCCUUUAUCAACGCCUAAAGGUUCCUCCUCCAAUCAACCAAUUCAGGCAAGGAUUGGAUAAACAGUUGGCCACACAAUUAUUCAAACUGUUGGAUAAAUACAAGCCAGAAACAAAGCAAGCAAAGAAAGCUCGCCUGAGGGCUCGUGCUGAAAGAAGAGCUGCUGGCAAGGAGGAUCUUCCAACAAAACGACCCCCUGUUGUCAGAGCUGGUUGCAACACUGUCACAACACUUAUUCAACAGAAAAAAGCUCAGUUGGUUGUCAUUGCCCAUGAUGUUGACCCAAUUGAGCUUGUGUUGUUCAUGCCUGCUUUGUGUCGUAAAAUGGGUGUUCCAUAUUGCAUUGUAAAAGGAAAAGCCAGACUAGGACGUGUUGUCAGGCGCAGAACCUGUUCCUCACUAGCAAUCACACACGUCAAUCCAGAUGAUCGGGCCAACCUGAAUAAGCUGGUAGAAUCUGUAAAGACAAAUUUCAAUGAUAGAUUUGAAGAGAUCCGUCGUCACUGGGGUGGUGGUAUUCUUGGUGCCAAAUCCCAGGCUCGGCUGACUAAGUUGGAAAGAGUGCGGGCAAAGGAGAUAGCUCAGAAAUUGGGUUAA